GGCAAGCCGGACCGCAGGGCGGGGCCACGGUGGAGAGAGGCGGGGUCUGAGCAACGGCGGAGGGGGUGAAUGGGCGGGGUCUGCCAGCACAGCGGGUCACAUGAUGCGGCGCACGGCCUGCCAAUAUGGCGGUGUGCAUCGCGGUGAUCGCCAAGGAGAAUUACCCCCUGUACAUCCGGAGCACUCCCACAGAGAACGAGCUCAAGUUCCACUACAUGGUGCACACGUCCCUGGAUGUGGUGGAUGAGAAGAUCUCUGCCAUGGGGAAAGCGCUGGUGGACCAGCGGGAGCUGUACCUGGGCCUGCUCUACCCAACUGAGGACUACAAGGUAUACGGCUAUGUGACCAAUUCCAAGGUGAAGUUUGUCAUGGUGGUGGAUUCCUCCAAUACUGCCCUUCGAGACAAUGAGAUCCGCAGUAUGUUCCGGAAGCUGCAUAACUCCUACACGGAUGUGAUGUGCAACCCCUUCUACAACCCUGGAGACCGCAUCCAGUCGAGGGCCUUUGAUAACAUGGUAACUUCCAUGAUGAUCCAGGUCUGCUGAGCGGGACCUCUGCCCCAGUCACCUGGAAAAGAAGAGCCUGUAUUCACCUGUGUUUGAUGCUUAUUUAUUCCCUUUCCUCUCCCUGAGUGUAACCUGUGGGCAGGGCUGUGUGUCCUGUGCCUGUCUACUAAAGGCCUCACAAAGUGCAA